GGAGGUGGGUCCUGGGAGCUGGAUAUAAAACACGGGGCGGGCAUCUCGGAGCCGCUUUGACAGGACGGCUCAGAAGGGGACUCCCGGCUGGGAACUAAAGGACUCCAAAACUGGGGUGCCAGGUGCCCAGGAGCAAAGGUCCUUCUGCAUUCUCUUCUCCUGUGUGCCCAGAGCCACACGCCCCAUCUCGUAGGCAGUUCCGUGAGUCAACCACCGACGGGCAACGGCCCCCUUAGACAAACACCGUCUCAGUUAGCCCCAUUCACCUGCGGGUGCAGCUCUCCCAAGGCACUCCGUCCUGCCCGCCAUGAGUGAGCUCAGUACCAGCGAGUCUCCGAAAACCAAGCAGGCAUCUGGUCCAGAAGAAAAAGAGAAAACGGAUGCCAAGAAGGGUGAGGAAGAAGAAAUUGACAUUGAUUUGACUGCACCUGAGACAGAAAAGGCUGCACUUGCCAUUCAGGGCAAGUUCCGUCGGUUCCAGAAAAGAAAAAAAGAUCCCAGCUCCUGAGCCACCAGCCUGGCCCUUUGUCCUAGUUUCCCUUUUCCCUUGCACCUUUUUUCCAUAGUCCCUGAUUCUUCUGUAUUCUUCUGUUCCUACUUUCUCCAUCCCUGUCCCUGAGGCAAUAUCAACCCUCAGAAUUGCCCCUGCCUCAGCCAUUAGGGUGGCAUAGCUAUAAGGGACUUGGGGAAGUAAAGGAAUCCAGUUAGCGACCACUUAUCUAAGAGUGAACCAAUCUCUUCCUGAAGAUAAUGACUCUCCUACUUUGUGUCUAGGCCAUAUGCCAGGGACUGACUAGGAGGGGCUCUGGUGGGAAACAAGCAGCUCUGAGGCUGAGUAAUGGACCCCCUUGUCCACAGGGAAAGUUGAUGCCCAAUAUGCCCUCCAUGUCCACCAUGACCAACACCACCAUGAAGUUAAUGAUGAAGAGAUUGACAUUGAUUAUGACAGCACCUGAGGCAGAGAGAGCUAUGAUUGCCAUCCAGGGCAAGUUUUGAGACUAUCAGGAAAAAAAAGUUCCUCCUAAGCUGCCAGCCCUGUCUUUUGCCUGUUAUCACCUCCUCCUGCACAGAUCCUGAUCCCAUGUAUCUUGGUUUCUCUCUUCUACUAACCUGUGAGGCACAGCUGUAAACCCUUGUAAUAUCCAUCCUCUGUCCCCAUCACCAUAGUAGCAAAGCUCUAAGGAGCCAGAGAAAGCCAAUCUCUCCUGUGUGAAUAGUGCUCAGGAGCGAGGUCCCAUGUCAGUGACUAGGGGCAACCACAAAGGGGCAGGGCAGGAGGUGAUAGAUGCUUGGGCAAUUAAAGCAGAGCAAAGGCUUCAGAGAAGAGUGUUUGGGGGCAGGGGAUAGGCACUUUUCUAUCACAUGCUAAACUUACCGAUCUCUAUGUCCCUCUUCCCAACCUCCUCUUAUGAGCUGAGCCACAGCAAGUACUGGAGCCUUCCCUUUCCACAUCCCCUUGUCAGAUUAAACAGUUUAUCAUAUUAGUGCAUGCUGGGUAGAUUAGAAUUUCAGGGAAGGAAGAUGGGGAGUAGUAAAGGCAAAAAAUGUUCUCCCAUUUCCCUCUAUACCUCCCACCCAACCACCAUUCUCUAAGGACAGGGAAAUGAGAAGGUUAGAGAAGCUCAAAGAUGAAGGGAAGGCAGGGAGAAAAAUGGGAUUUAUAUUGAAAGGCAGGAAUGAAAGAGCAGUGAGGGGUUUCUGAAGUCUUGAGAUAAUGCCCAGGCGAGUGUCCUCUAUGAAAAAUAUCCUUGGGCUCCAACAAGCCUCCCCAUCCAUCAGCCCUGCCUUUGGCCUCCUGAACCCAGUGUCUUCACCUUUCCUCCAAUCUCCAUCUAUCCCACUGGGGAGGCAGGGAAGAAAUAACUGCUCCUCCUCCCAAGGUUUUAGCAUGUUUAAUAAAAACCUCGAGUGA